CCACCCCCACCUCCACCUCCACCUCCACCUUCACUUCUUCUUCUCUUCUUUCAGUGAUUUCAGUUUAAAUACAUUCUUGUUAUUAUUCCUAAAUAAAUAACGCAAAUAAUCCUUAGUAGUACUGUGCAGAACCUUUAAUGUUCUUCCAGUGGGACGAAUAGAAAAAUCCUUGGUGAUGAGGCUUAUUAUUUAUUUAUUUGUAGUUAUUCUUAAAUCUUUUUAAAGUCAUAGACGUGUAGUACACUGUGUGUAUAUACCCUUAUAUAUAUCUAUAAUAUAUUAUAACCCUUUUGUGAAAGGGAAGCCUUUAGAUAUAGGGAUCCCCUAGAUAGACAAACCAAAUAAUACAGUAUUUAGUAUUGGAUACGUUUUCUUUUUUUUUUUUAUAUAAAGCUAUUUUGUACUUUUAGACGCUUUACUUUUUGAAAGAAGGACAAAGGAUGCUUUAGGGUGCUUGAUGGAGCGUGGAACAAAGCCGUGAACGUGCUGUCUCGCAGGAGUUUUCGGCUUUGAGAGUACAUUUAUUUUAACCAUCAUGCAGCUCUGAAAUCCAGCGGAAGCACAUAAACCCGCCGGUUUUAAUGCUUUAACUACGUCUCUAUACCUGUUUUAAACUGAUGAUGGCUGAUCUUGCGCCGGCGCCACCGUUUACGACUGCGGCGUUACGCGUCCCCUAGGUAUCAGGCACCAUGCUGCUAUGUUAAUGGUUCAGUACGCUAGAGGGAAUGUAUGCAUGCCGAUGACCCACGGCGGUGCGAGGAGGCGUGUAUGCCGACGAUGCGAAGAACGUCCGGUCGAUGAUAUAUGCGUUACAGUUCCUAGAAAUGUUGUAGGUUCCUACUGUUAAACAAUUCUGGACGCGUUGGGGCGGGUUAGCGUUUGAUGGCGUGUGUUCAUGGCGUUUUAGUAUUUUUGCAUGGAAUUCAGUUAAGAGAUGUAUCUGGCGAGAAUCCUUCUCUUGUGCUCGUCUUGACAUAUGAAAACAUUCGAGUUUAUAUACAAGUCUAGCCCAGAGAAGGGGAUGCCUCGGUUCUUGUUUCUGCAUCUGCUCACUGGACGGAGUAGAAAGUAGGAGGAGCUCCACUGCUGCUGCAGCAUGCACUAGAAGGGAGGGAGGAAGCGAGGGAGCGCGAAUACAUCAGUGCUAUAGAGAGAACGAGGGAGGGAGGGAAACACGGAGAGAGAGAGAGAGAGAGAGAGAGAAUAAGAGGAAGGGAGGGAGGGAGUGAGGGAAGUGAGGCUGGCUGUGCUCUCUGCACCGCACCACUCUCUCCCUCAUUACCAUUCCAGACACUGCCUUCUCUGAGGAGAACCCUUCGCUCUGUUUGAAACGCCAAUCACCGCUGGCUGUCCUUUCAUCCUCGAUCACACGCACCGAAAGCACGGGCGAGCGGGAGCCCCGCAGAUGCCGAGAGGAUUUCCCGCGCUUCUCCAUCCGACCAAAGUUGCUCUGAAAAAGAAGAAUGCACUCGGAUACGGCUGUUUAGGAUUGCAGGAUCUUGACGACUAGACGUUUUUUUCCGUCUGUGAUCUCACCAGCAGACUAAUCAGUGCUAAGAGGACAGAUGGGCAUCCUUUAAUCAGAGUGGUAAGGACUUUACUUCCUCUUCCCUUUUUAUUAUCCACUUUGGCCGUGGCAUCGGUCCGUCCUGCUCCGUCACAGCUGCACCUCUACUGGAAAAGGCAAGAACCGGACCGAGGAACUGAAGGGUGAAGGUGGGGACGUUAGUGCUGGUACGUCCUGUGUGGUCACGAAUUGGAUGAUACGGUCGGAUCGUACGAACUGCCCUUCUUGCACGGUGUGAACCGUCGUACCCUGGAUGUAGACUUUCUGUAAACCUGUAUAUAAAAGGAUUCCUGUAGACUCAUGUUCCUGCUGAGAUGGCAGACAUCAGGCACAGGCAUGUCUUUCCCAUCCGCUGGGGUCAGCAGCAGUCUGGGCAAUAUCUGCUGAGUUAGGCCCCCCCCUGAGGAAACCUUCCUCCAUCCUCGUGUGCCCACACACUCCUUUAACAAGAUGAACACAACUGAGCUGAACCAGAGUGCUGUGACCUUCUGCCUCCUGGACAUUAGUUACUCCCAGAUCUUCAACACGUGCCUACUGGAAGUCAUCGUUAUCCUCUUUCUCACCGUGCUCAUUAUCUGCGGUAACUUAGUCGUCAUCUUUGUAUUUCACUGCGCACCUCUACUCAGCCACCAUACCACCAGCUCUUUCAUCCAGACAAUGGCCUACGCUGACCUGCUGGUGGGAGUGAGCUGCCUCAUCCCGUCCCUGUCUUUACUACACCACCUGAAAGGGCUGGACGAGGAACUUACCUGCAAGGUGUUUGGUUACAUGGUGUGUGUGCUGAAGAGCGUCUCCAUGGCCUCGUUGGCGUGUGUUAGCGUGGACCGUUACGUGGCCAUUACGCGGCCGCUGUCCUAUGCGGCCUUGGUGACCCCGUGCCGUCUCCGUGCUUGCAUCGCACUCAUCUGGCUCUACUCCUGUCUAAUCUUCCUGCCGUCCUUCUUUGGCUGGGGCAAGCCUGGGUAUCAUGGAGACGUUGUCAAGUGGUGCUCAUCGUCCUGGGCCACCCAGCCACUCUUCACUGCCUUCAUUGUGGCAGCGCUGUACGCGCCUGCAGCCCUCACUGUGUGCUUCACGUACGCCCAUAUUUUCCGGAUAUGCCGUCAGCACACCCGACAGAUCAGCGAGCGCCGGGCGCGGUUCGGCCCGCAGGAAACCGAGCCGGGAGAACCACCCGGACCUGACAAGCGUUACGCCACCGUGCUGUUCCGCAUCACCAGCGUGUUCUACCUGCUGUGGCUACCGUACAUCAUCUACUUCCUGCUAGAGAGCGCUGGAAUAUACCGCCAUCCCGCAGCCUCCUUUUUGACCACGUGGCUAGCGAUCAGCAACAGUUUCUGCAACUGCCUCAUCUACAGCUUGUCGAACAGCGCCUUCCGGAAAGGCCUCAAGCGCCUCUGUCUGAUCUGCAUAAAACGCACAGACACCAAGAAACCCCCGGGAGUGCCACCAGCUCCUCCUCGCCCGGCCUGUCACGUGUAGUGCCCAGUACGGACUGUACUGAGAGUGUCGCGUAUUGUGUCUCGCCAGCUUGUCUCGGUCGGUGGAAACAGGCCUGUUUUGGCAUCUGGGUGGCGUUCCCAGGUCUUUGUCCCAGAGAGUCUGGUUGUCUUCGUGACAAAUCUUCGAGGCAAAGGAGUCACCUUUCACCCCGACUGUCAAUGUUGAAGGGGCUGUUAGGGCUGCUGUUUUGUGCAGCAUUGAAUAACUAUUCUUUAUGCAAAACGUGAAAAAAAAUUAUAUCAAUAAUAAUAAAAAAGAAACCCUUGUUUUGCAAACUAAAUGCUUAUGUACGCCAUCCGUCAAGUCGUGUGACCUCUUAAACGAGCAACGUCGUAGUAACGCAUUAGCAUCGAUCAACCUUAACCAGACAGUGCUGACGUGUCUUCUGUUUUUGGGACAUUUUCUAUCAAGUGUCAUCAGAGAAACCUGUGACUAAUCAUGUGCCACGUUAUCUCGUUCUUACCGUUAGCUGCUUCUUUAGAAACGUACGUUUGGCCGAUUGUAUAAUUUUGCCUCCGGUCACAGGACGAACGUACGAGCGGAUCAGCAAACAAACGGACCAUUCUGCCUGACUCCAGACUGCACAAAAGAUGCACUUUCUCACUGGAAGACACGGGACCUCACCGCAUCGUUCUCUCUCUACUUUCGUGCUGUUUAAAAAAACGUCUUCUUCGUCACCCAUGGACGAAGGCGAUCUCGGAAGACGACCCUCCGUUCUGUUGACUCUUCCGAAUCUCGUCCCUGCAUUCCGAGUCAUUCGAUGAUGUGAUGUGAUGUGAUGUGAUGUUUCCUCAUUCCAUGCAGCAUAAGUGUAGCACAGCUGUCUUGGCAUGUUUGGUUUACUUUCCCCAAAAUGGAGUUCUCUAACUAUCGUGCUGUACGCCUUAUGGUAAUAUUUAUCGGGGGGGGGAAAAAAAAAACAAAACAUCGCAUCGAUUACGGAUCCCGCUUAAGAACGAACUACAGCCUCUGGAACAACAGAGCACGAGGUUUUUAUUUCGCAACAACACACCUGGUCGAAGGACACACAAAUACAAGCAAGCAAAAAAAAAAAACAUUUAAAGGUUUGAUUCGUGCAAAAAAAAAAACAACAAAAAAAACGAUAACCUCAGAACUAAUAACAAAGGCUACAUGACUGUUUAAGCAAGUCUCCAGUAUUUCCUCUGUAUUAUUAAUCUUUCUGUACAUAAUGAAUAAUUUAUAUACAUGAAGGUGCCAAGAAAUUGGAGGACACUGGAAUCUCCUCCUCAUCCUCUUCCUCUUCGUCUUCCUCCGUCGUCUCGUCUGUAUAUCCCUGCUGUGAGCGUGAAGUCGGUUUGUUGUCACACUGGUCAGAACUUUAGCGGUACUGUUUUAUUGUCGAUAUCUCUGUCUUCUAGUUGACCAAAGUGAAAUAUUUAACGGGCGUCUCCUUUUUAUAUCCUUUAAGGAAGGAAAAAAAAAACACAUAAUGAUUGAAAACGCCAUGUUUGAGAACGUGUAUGCUGCAGUGUGUCCUGUAUCGUGGGCUCUGUGUGUGUGUGUGUGUGUGUGUGUGUGUGUGUGUGUGUGCGCUUUGAAAGAAUCUAUUUAUUAUAUCGUUAUCAAUACAAGAACGUGUGUGUCUCGAUGUAAGAGUUGUUUUUGUUUUUGUUUUUUUUGAAAUAUACAGUAGAACUGUGACAAAGAUGACUCUAAUGUUCUCGAGUAACAGGCAGUUUUGACCAGCAACGAAGAAGAUAUUUUUCGUCAACACUUUACCGCAUGUCCGAUCCGAUUAGACCGUAGGUUUGCUUUUCUAACGCCGUGAUGUACAGUUACGACGCGAUUUACGAUAUAACGACGUCGUCGUGUUUGUACCCGGAGGUGUACGAGAUGUCGACGUGAGACUGUUUUUAAAAGCGUGCAGUAUAAACGUGCUUUUCGACUGUUUCCGAACCGCCACGUUAGGGCAGGGCGCUGUGCAAUAUGUCUGCUUUGGUGGUUCUGAAGUAAAAUGGCAGAACCACA